AUGGGUGGCGAGGACUCCGAACGUGCACUCGCCAAUCGAGUGGAUGCACGUUGCGACUUCCAUAAUCUUAAUUCACCUUUUGCCAGGCGUAUCGUCAGUGAGCUAGACGCUCUGUUAAAUGAGCACAAUGAAUUAUUAAAAUUUUUCAAAGCACACAUGCACAAGCUACAAAGUGACAAUCACGCUAUUGUCAUCAAUCCUGAUAGAACACCAGCUGGAGAGCAUGUACGUAGAUUCAACGCACCUGUUGUUAAAGACGUUGCUGGAAUCAUGGUUGGCGACCGUACAGCUACGCGACAAAUCGUGAUUCGAAGAAGAAAUAAUGAUCUUCAGUUCAUCAGUGAUACCCAUCAUUUAUAUGACGCUCUCCAAUAUCCACUAAUUUUCUGGAAGGGACAAGAUGGAUAUUGUGUAAACAUUAAACAUCGAGAUCCCGUAACAGGAGCUGAAACAAAUAAGAACGUUAGCUCGAAGGAUUUUUAUUCAUAUCGUUUGAUGAUUAGACGCGGCCGAGACAACAUCAUUUUACGAUGUCGUGAGCUUUGCCAACAAUUUAUGGUCGACAUGUAUGUGAAGAUAGAGAGUGAACGACUAAGAUACUUGCGAUAUAAUCAACAGAAGCUGCGUGCGGAAGAAUAUAUUCACUUGCGAGAUGCUAUUGCGAAUAACGCUGACACUGCCGAAAUCGGUAACUCUGUUAUCUUACCAUCAUCGUACAUAGGUAGCCCACGUCACAUGCAAGAAUAAAAUACAGAAUGCUAU